AUGCCCGCCCAGUCCCCCUACGCACACCCCCUCGACCCUCUCUCCGCCCACGAGAUCCACGACGCCGUCUCGGCAGUCCGAUCCUUCAUCCAGAAGGGUGCCUACAAGAACAAAAAAGCCAUCGAGAAGCCCAUCUUCAACAGCGUCAACCUCCGUGAGCCUAGCAAGUAUGCCGUCCUCAAGAGGGAAGGUGUUCUCGCCAAGGAAGACCUCGCGAAUGUCCGCGGGGAGAAGGACGACGUCAAGAGGCAGGCCGACGGCAGCCCUAUCUCUUAUCGCAUCCAUAUCAUCUGCCCCAUCACUUCUCAGAGUUUCGAAGCAAUCGUUGACCUGCCCCCCAAUGUCACGGGCAUUCCCGGUCCCGAGGUCGCCGUCGUGACGGACUGGGUGGCCCUUGAAGAGCUUAUCCAGCCUUCUUUACACACAGAGGAGCUUCUUUGGGCUGAAAACCUUUGCCAAACCAACCCUGAAGUCAAGGUGGCUUGCGACGCCGUGGGCAUCGAUCAGAAGAACAUCUUUGUAGAUGGUUGGUGUGUCGGAGUCGAUGAGCGUUUCCCUGGACGAAGGUUGCAGCAAUGCUUCAUCUUUAUCCGAAACAGGCCCGGAGACAACCUCUACGCUCACCCUUGUGAAUUCGUUCCCGUCAUCGACUCUCACACUGGCGAGCUUCUCACCAUUGACUAUCCUCCCACCAACGUUGCUCCUGGCGCUGAGCACCCUCCAUCAUCCGCGGAGGCAUACUCCCAGACCAAGGUCCGAGACAGGUUCGCACCCCCCACCGCUCCCCACAACUAUCUCCCCGAGCAGAUCGCCCAGGACGACCCCACAUUCAAAGUACGAGACACUCUGAAACCCCUGCAUGUAAUCCAGCCCGAGGGUGUCAGUUACAAGCUUGAGGGUAGGACUCUGAAGUGGCAGAACUGGAGCGUGCAUGUCGGUUUCAACUACCGUGAGGGUCUUGUCCUCUCCAAUAUCACUUACGACGAUGGCGCCAAGGGCACCCGACCGCUGUUUUACCGUAUGUCUGUCGCUGAGAUGGUCGUUCCCUACGCCAAGACCGUUUUCCCUCAUCACCGAAAGAUGGCUUUCGACAUUGGAGAAUACGGUAUUGGUGCUCUUGCCAACUCUCUCGCCCUGGGCUGUGACUGCUUGGGCAGCAUCACUUACCUCGAUGCCGACUUUGUGACCCGAGCUGGUGGUAUCGAGACCAUCAAGAGCGCUAUCUGUAUUCACGAAGAGGAUGCUGGUAUCCUUCACAAGCACACCGACUUCCGUGACCUCCGCGCCCACGUCGCUCGUAACCGAAAGCUUGUCAUCUCUUCCAUUUGCACUGUCGCCAACUACGAGUACGGGUUCUAUUUCAACUUUGGUCUUGAUGGUUCGGUCGAGCUGGAAGUCAAGGCCACCGGUAUCGUCAAUGCCUACACUCUCGCCGCUGGCGAGCCUAAAGACUUUGAGCACGAGUGUGAAGUCGCCCCCCGUAUCUCGGCUCAGAACCACCAACAUCUGUUCUCUUUCCGAUUGGAUCCCAUGAUCGACGGUAUUCAGAACCGCGUCGUCCAAGCCGACAUCGUCUCUGACGAAGGAUCACUCGGCAGCGACUCCAACUUUUACGGCAACGGCUUCAAAGUCCAAAAGACUCCCUACACCACGAGUACCAAGGCUGUGGCAGACUAUGAUGCGUACAAGAAUAGGACGUGGAUGAUUGAGAACCCCAACAAGCAGCACUACAGCUCCGGAGGUAACGUCGGUUACAAGCUUGUCUGCAAAGAUAUGCCUCCUCUGCUUUCCAAGCCCGGCUCUCUCGUCUACAACCGAGCACCAUUCGCCCGCCACAAUGCAAGUCUACAUCCCUCCAUUAUGUUUGUGACCCCCUUCAACCGGGACGAAAUUUUCCCUUCCGAGAUCCACAUCAACCAGAACCCCGGUGGUGAAGAGUUUGGUAUCACCAAGUGGGUUGCCAGGGAUGACAAUAUUGAGAAUGAGGAUAUCGUCUUGUGGCCUUGCUUUGGUGUCACACAUAUUACAAGGCCUGAAGAUUGGCCGAUCAUGCCUGUCGAGAUCCUGAGAGUACACCUCAAGCCUUCCGGCUUCUUUGACAGGAACCCUGGUCUCGACGUCCCGCCAUCAGCGGACAAAAAUUCGCGUAAUGCCGAUGAGGCGCUCGCCAACGGCGUCAACGGUGUGCAUAUCGACAAGGAAAAGGUCAUCGAGCCCAACAAUGGGACUUUCAACAGCAGUUUGCCGUCCGUCAACCCCAUCAAGGCUUAA